GAUGGCAGCAUUCCCGUACCGCUCCGUGCGAGGUCUGGGCGCACUUCAGGUCUUUCUGUCGGUAGUGUCCAUCUGUCUCGGGAUCGGAGACUUCGUCGCGGGCCUGACAUUUAGCCACGGAGUACCGUCUGAUUCACCAUCAGCCUACUAUGGGUUCUACUACCUUGGAGGCUUUAGAGUCUUCUACAUCGCUGCUGGUGUCUGGACAGGUCUAUUCUUCCUGGUGGCUGGCAGCCUUGCGGCUUCGAUAGGUGAGGGGCGAACUGCCGAACGUAAGAUUGGCGCCAUACUUACCAUGUCCAUGCUCAACAUCAUCGUUUUCGCUCCCGGACUGAUCGGCCUUGCAGUUGCUAGUUUUGUAGAGAGCUCUAAAGACCUGGCUUGGUCUGGCUUUGGUGGCUUCACGGCCCUGUUCGCCCAGGAGAUCACCCUGACCAUCGUGGGGUGUCUGGAGUGGAUUCUAUCCAUCGUGACGGUCACGGUGUGCUUCAGGAGCGACGCUUACGAUCAGCGGGCCGUCAACCAGGUGGGGCCGAUGUCCACGAAGACAUCUGACUUAUUCUCACAACGCCCGUCACGUGGGUACUCCGAAAGGGCAUCCUUGAACACUGACGGGCCCAGCACGUCUAAGCAGCCGGGCGAGUCCAACGAAGUCAGCGAGAGGAAGGUGAACAACCUGGCCCCUGAGAUUGGCGUAAGGCGAACCAGAAAACCGUCACCUAUAAACAUGGAGGAGAAGGACACUCCAUAACGCUGUGCCUUUAUUGGGAGAUCUGAAAGUGUCACUGUACAUGUUUGUAUGCGGUUAUUUUUGUUGUAUGUGUUUGUUUACGUAUUGAAUUAUUCUAGUGUUUCUAUUAUUAUAUGUUUUUAUUCUUAUACAAUGUACAUAUUUGCACGUGGUUGUUCUUUGCUGUAUGUGUAUUUUUACGUAUUAGAUUGUUCUAAAGUUUCUAUUGUUGUAUGUUAUUCAGUACUUGAUUAAUCUGAGCAAGGGGUGGAAGAAAUGCGCUGCCUGUUCCCCCGGCCACUUUGCUAUCAUAGUAUGGAUAAAGUAAUUUCUGUGGCGUCAAGUUACUAAUUUGUACCACUAAAGAGUACACUGUAGACAACUGAUUUAAAGACCACAACUGUGUUUUUAGAAGAUCAUAUUUUUACGCUAGUGUUGUAAAGGAAAUAAUUUCAUUUACAGCUACCCUAAGCACGCUUUGCUUUUAAUAUCUCUACAAACAUGUAUACACUGUUAAGUCUGUUCAGAGCUGCCACCUAUCGACUCGCGUCGCAUUAGCAUUUAUUCAUAUAAUCAGGAAAUCUAUCACCUCGGUUAACGGAUACAGUAAUGUCGAAAACGACAAAUGUGCAAAUCUAUAAAUAAAGUAAAACGAUUGUCACAAGAUCACAGCAGCAUUGGAAGAAAAACAAAAUAAUUCUCAUUGACGCUUUUCCCCAUUUUUCUUCAUUUCUUAUAUAUGGUUUCUGAUAAUCAUGAAUCCCAUUUAGUUAUCUAUUUAUCAUUAACCAUCGGGCAGAAGUUUCCAAUAAACCAGUCAUAAGUGAUAGUUUGUGCUGAACAGCUUUCUUACUUCGUGUGCAAUACGUGUACAGUACUUGAUAAUGAUCU